AGUAGACAGUACUAGCUGCGCAGCGAGUUCGUUGUAGGCAAGUGACUACUAGCGCAGGGAGUCGCAGACAAGUCAUACAACAAGGGCCACGCCAAAUUUAUUUGCAGACGCCACUUUCGAGGAGAUCCAAGGCGAGAUUGAAAGAUGGCUUUUCGACCGUCGGCUAUCCAACAUCGCGCCCGCCUCAAUUGUGGAUCGCCGUCGGUCGGCAAAGGAGAGGCGACUCCGCUAAACUGCGCGCGCCUGGUCCAUCGAUCCGGCCCUGCCCCCCGUCUUUUCAGACGGCGCGGGCACGCCUCCCGAAGUCCGCGGCCGGCGUGGCCUCUUUCUGCGAAAAAUACGGGCCGGGGACGCACCCCGGAACGCAGGGCGCGCUCUGGCGCAGCGCUUUCGCUCUUUUCCCGGCGAGGGGGGCGGGGCUCAUUUUUCUGUGGGCCAUAUGCUGCCGCCCUGCCUCUUUGGCCCGCGCUUCUUUGCUACUCGUCGGGCGGACAGGGGGUCCGGCAAUCUAAACCUGUUGCCAGGGCCCGAUGGCGGGCAGGGCCAGCUUGUUCGCUGUCAGACAGGCAGAGAUGCGCUGCGCGGUUGCCUUUCGGUUUGCGCGGCGGCCCCUUAUGGUCACUCUCACGCCCUUGGAGUUGGAUCAUGCCAAUGUGGCACUAGUUCCUGCACCGCGGGCUUGUUGGUUGGCUGAGACUGACGCGCGCUGCCGUGGCGCCAGUGGCCAACGCUAAUAACAGCACGCAGGCGCCAGG